GAGCGAAGCAUGAAGCAUGGAGCGAAGUAUAUAGCGGAAGCUUGCGUAGGGCUUGAGAUUUGCCUUGCAUUGCAUGUUGCAUUGCUUAUAUUUGGCGCGUAGUUGUUUUGAGUCCCGCUCUUAUACGUCUUGUGAAUGCAUGAAACCAGGCACCGACCUUAUGACUGGCACGCGCUGAGCGGCGUUCCCAAUGGAAGCCAUGGCCAGGAAUAUAUACCAUUUUUAUCACGUUAUACUCGUCAAGGCUCACGAUGAGCCUCUUUGGACUCGAAACUCGCUAGAGAGGAGCAUCCAGUGGGCCAAGUACUGUGAGAAGGUACACCACGAAGCCGUCUCGAAAGGUUACGUCAGUUACGUGGUGAUGAUGCUGAAGGACAUGAGUAGGGUGACACCCGAUCGUAGAGUGGUGACUUUCGAUGAUCUCAAACUUUCGUCUCAAUUGCUGGUGGCGGAACUUCUUCAGUGCCCCGCUUUGAGAAAGGGAACUGUUCAGAUCAUACUGGAGUCUGAGCUGGUGCACGAGCCUUGGUUAGAGGUGAUGUGUGAGAUCUUUGUGAUCAACUCAAUACUGAAGGACUUAAGCGUAGAAAAGGAGGACAAACAACCCGAAUUUCACAGAGAGUUCGAAAUGCUCAUGGAAAAGCUGUCCGGACUUUCUGGAAAUGCACUGGAUAAGCAGUUAGACCUGUUGUCGAGGAAUUCACCUGAGACAUUACUGAGACUUGUCAGCUGCGAGGAUAACAGGUACCAUGCGCUAUUGUGUAGCGCUGGCCUGUGGACUGCCCGGAGGCUUACAGUUGACAGUGAUCCGGUGUCGGCGUCUGUGUGGAGGCAAGAGAGCGGGCUGUUGUGUAAGGCAGCCUGCCGAAGUCCCAGUCUGAUGCAGUGCCUGUUACAGAGGCUUCAGGCACAUGCUGAUAGCAUGGAGCCAUGUUUCCUCGCAGGAGCAGAUGAUUGGGUUCUAACGAGGAACAGCCCCGCAGGUGCCUGGGACUGGAAGCGUAUUGCUGAAAUCUGGACGGCACUGAAGCUAAUGGUGGACGGUGCUUCAGCGUCAUCGGUGGUUGCAGCUUUUCUCAAGCAAGCGCAAAGGGGAUCGCAUGCGGACUUUUGGGACGAUCUUCUUUUCUACUGUGAAUCUUCUCGUAACCUGUGCAAUAACACAACAAAGCCUAUGGUUGCUAACUCAUCUGCUGAGAGUGGUUUGUUGCUGCGCGACUGUUGCCACUAGGCGUGGAAUUUGUAUGCAAGUGGCAUCGGCAUGGCGGUAAGCGGGCACAUGCUGUUACCUGCGUUUUAAUGAAAAUAGCGUAGCAAUUUGCUUAGGGCAUUUAUUUGACACAACUGUCGAAGUUUCUUACAGAAUGACCUAUAAUGGCCACUACAUUAACUUCGAAUCUACAGUGAAUAAACAUGCACACAUUUAGUGUAGAGAUAAAGCCCACUUUAACAACGAAAUCUUAAAACAAGUGCUUGUCUAUUUUGCACUUUAGUGCAAUAUCUGGUUCCCUCAAUCCCUCAGUGUAUUGUUUAAAGGCCACCAUCAAUUAAUGCUGCAAGAUUGACACUUUAUUGUAUCUUGUGUCCCAACUUCUUGUGAUCUGCCAUGGUAGUUGAUACUUUUGUAAUUAAAUUAAGCCAAUGGACUAUCACAAAAAAAUGCCACUUCCAAAAAUGUAUCAAGGAGCAGCAGUUUUUGUAUCAGCAUUGUGGUGUUGCAAGAAGCUGUUUUAGUAAAUAUACUGCCUCCAGUUCUCAUUUGCCACUUUUGAGAUAUGUAUAUAUGUGAACUUGCAGUGCAAGUUUUUUUUAUGUGUAGCGUGUGUUCCCUUGGAUUUGUAGAUCUUUACACGACACAACAGCUGUAAAGCUAAACCUGCAAAGAAGUUUUCUAUAGAGCUCGUGAUUUUAGAGAAAUAUUUUCCAUGAAUGCAUUUUUCCAUGUUGUGCAUUGUUCUGACUAGUCUGUUUUAUGUGGAGAUGCUAUUAAAGAAUUACGCGA